UCUACAGAAGAACUCCGGGGCAGAGUGUGGCGCCAAAGCGUAUGUCACGCUGAACAGCCAUCAAACACGAAGAAGAAGAAGCCGUCUCCAUUUUUAGUUUUUCAGGGAGAGACGCCAGGGAUCUGUUCGGUGUCGAAACGGAGGUCGAAGAAGAAACAGGAUAUCAGUCGCAAACAUGUGGGAUGGACCAGGGCCAGGACCAAGACAACGAGGAGGACCCGCCUUUCGUGGCAAUCAACGUGGAGAAAUGUUUGGGGGCAGAGAUCACCCCAUGCCUAAUUUUAGAGGUAGAGAUGACAUGAAUAUGGGUUCUAUGGGUCUCAUGGGCCCAAGACCUCUGGAUCUGCCUCCUAUGGACAUGAGAAGGAUGGAUGGACCACCCCCGAGAGGCCGUAGUAUGGAGCCAUGUGAUAUGAGGGGUAGAGAGCCAAACAGGGAGGCCAUGAGAUGGGGAGAAAAACCAGAUUUCAGCCUCAGAAAGCAAUUUGAAAAUUCCAUCAGGGAAAAAUUGAUCAACAACACUGGUUUCAUGGGCCCAAACAGGAAUGAAUCGGACAUGGAGGGAAGGGGUAAAGCCCCUUGGGAUCAACACAACAAAUUUAAUGAUAUAAGAGAAAGAGACUCGUUCCAUCCCAACAUGCCACAGUUCAAUAAUCCCAAUGGUGAAGGAAGAAGAGGGUUUCCAACUGAUCGAAUGAAUACACAGGAUGGGUUUAGAGACAUGCAUGAAUUACCUCCUAUGGGUUCUGGAGAAGGUGAUCGGUAUAAUAUGAACUUUCCCCCACAUGAAAGGAGAAGAAUGGACUUUGACAGAAGGGGAGGGCCGCCGCCUUUUAAUCCAAGAGGUGAAUUUGAUUCAGAUAUGGACUUCAGAAAUCGCCCAGAAUCAUCAGGUGACUUUAGAGCUAGAGACCGAUCACCCUUAAGGUUUGGCAGUAAUGUUGGCUCAGUGGAUCAUAGGGGUUCAGAUAUGUCCUCAGUUGCUCCUGGCCCGCAACGAUUAGGAUUUACAGGUGCUGAUGAUGCCUCCAGAGAUAGGACAUGUCAAGAGCCAAGUGGUAGCCCCCUCAUGGAUUAUCGAUGUGGCGAAGAGAUGACUCUUGCUGAAGAAUGGAAGAACCGACAAAAGGAUAAAACCUCUUUUGUGAAUGCACCAAAAGGUAUUGGAGAAAUAUGUGAACCAAACUUUCCUGUAGGGUUUGGUAGAGAUGUUAAUGUUCGAGAUCCACUGUCUUUUCAAGAAAGAGGAAGGCCAUCUGGUGAGUUUCCAAGAAAUGAUAUCCGCUUUCCGCGUGAUGGCCACUUUCCUGUCAACAACUCUCCACAAAUUGGUGGGAAUUGCCCACAAGAAAAUCAGCCUUUGGAGAGAGGUCGCUUCACUGCACCAUUUGGUAGAAGUAAUGACGGUAAACGUUGGCUUGAAGAAAGGCAUCCAAAGGAUAAUCAAAAUAAAUCACAGGAGAGGAGUGAGGAGCCGAAUGAACGUUUUAAAGGGUUGGAAGACAGUCCAUGUGCCACUGGGGGUAAGAUGGGUCAUGAUUUUCAAAGCAGCAGCACCGUGCAGGUCAAAGAUCAAGACUACAGAGACAUCGAUUACAGAACUGGGUCUGUGGGAACGUUUGAUUACAAACGUGAUGAGCUUCCACCAACAGAGAAACUGAUUCCUGAGUCCAAACCUAUCCCACCUUCAAAAUUUAGUCAAUCUGGUUGUCAGGACCAAGAUUACAGGAGUGCGUCAGUGGAAGAGAAGGUGUCCAAUACAAUAUCCAUCAUUGGUAUUCCAAAGACCGCAACGAUGGAGCAGAUCCUUGGCGCCUUUGUGGUCCGUGAUGGGGCUCCUUUGCAGGGGAUGAAAGUCAAAAAUGUUGUGCCAGGUUACAGCUACGAUACCGCCUAUGUGGAGUUUUUAAACCUCGAGGAUGCUGUCCACUUCAUGGAGUCCAACAAGGGAUCUCUAAAGGUUGGCACUAGAACAGCGUCCAUGAAAUUCGUCCAACCAGAAAAGCACGAACGAGUCCAUGAAUUAGUUCCCAAACCCCAGGACCCCCAGUUGCCCCCAUCAGAUGUACCGUCAGAGAACUUUAACACUAACCCGAGUGACACCCAACCUAGAGCUCCUGUGGACCCACUGCCCCAUGACCUAUGGCCCCGCAACUCUGACCUGACUCCAGAGGCUUGGCAGCAGCAGGUGGAUCAGCAGCAGCAACAGCAGCAGCAAGACAGGGAGCAGCAGGGAGAGUCCUGGGGAGGUCACGGCCAUCCUCCCCAAAACCCCCUCCACACUGGAUCAGUCUUUAAAGACAGUAAAACUAUGAUUAUAAAGAACGUGAAGGCCACCACCACAGUAGAGACCAUCCUCAAGGCCUUGGAUCCCUACGCCUACCUGGAUGAAAGAAAUGUGCGUCUAGUCAAGGGCAAGACACCUGGAGCCAAGUGCUUCUGCUUCGUGGAUAUGGAUUCACACGAGCAAGUGACACGUCUGGUUGAGCUGCUCACCAAACCCAGACCGCUCUACGUCGAUGGAGUCAGAGUUUACGCCGAGGUUGCUAAACCCCUGAAAAACCAGAAUUUAAGGAGAGAUUUUGACAAGCCUAACACGUCUAUUCUUGGGUGUCCACCUGAGCCCAGCAUGGUGGGGCUGCAUCAGUUCUCCCAACCUCAGCAGUAUUCUCUCCCUCCACCUGCUGCUCCUGUUGCUCCUGCUGUAACACCAGGUCAGUUAAUGGGUGGAACCAACCUGUCCUCAGAUCUGGGCGUGAACCAGGGACAUGGCUACGCCGAGAGUCAAACCAUGGAUCCGUCUUUUCACACCGGUGGAUCUCAGGCGCCCACAGAGUCGACCAGUAUGGCUGCCACGGCAGAUGAACCGCAGACGUACGGCAGCGGUUCUGAAGUCCCAGACAUGUCCAGCUAUUUAUACGACUCCACUUCAGGAUUCUACUACGACCCCGAGACAACUCUGUAUUAUGACCCCAACUCUAGGUAUUUCUACAAUGCUCAAACUCAGGACUACCUGUACUGGGAUCCAGUGUCGAAGACGUACGUUCCGGUUCCAGCAGGCAGCUCUGCAGAGACGCCGUCGGUGACUAUGACGGCUGAAGAUCGAGCCAUUCUCUCCAACCCGGCUGCAGACGCUCCCUUAGAAAUGAGGAAGUCGUCUGCACUGUCUCCCCCUGGAACAGAUCCAGCUCACCCGUCCGCUCCAGAGGCCGCCUCCGUUUCUGCAACGACUCCUGAGAAGAAGGAGGACGAGGAGUCUGUGAAGAAGGACAAGGAAGACAAGCCCAAGAGUCUUGCUGCCGUCAAGAUCAUGAAGGAUAUGGAGCGUUGGGCCAAAAUUCAGAAUCGUCAAAAGGAAAGUGUCCGAUCCCCAUCGCCCGUGCUGAAGACCGGAAUGGACGAUGACAAGAAGCAGUCCAAGUCGGCUGAUGCUGCUUUCGCCAUCUUUGAGAGAAAGGUCUCUGGUGGUGACGAUCUUUUUAAGAAGCCCAUGGCUCCACCGAAGAAAGAUGAAAAGUCUAAGCGUCCAAUGGGCUCCCUGGGAUUGUUGGUAUCAGAUUACGGUGCCGGCAGUGAUGAAGAGGUUGAAGAGGACAGAGAGGAAGAUGUUAAGAACAGUCAGAACAGUCAAGCCUUUCAGUCUAAAGACAAAGAAGACAAACUGACAGACUGGAAGAAAAUGGCCUGUUUACUGUGUAGAAGGCAGUUCCCCAACAAGGACGCUCUGAUCCGACACCAGCAGCUGUCCGACCUGCACAAACAAAAUAUGGAAAUCCACCUAAAGAUCAAGAGGUCGAAGAAAGAGCUGGAGGCACUCGAAAACCAGGAGAGAGAGGUAAAGAAAACCUUCAAGAUGAACGUUAAAGAAACAAGAUCGCCAGAGCAGAAGAGAAAAAAACACCACCAGCAUCAGCAGCACUGGGCUGAAGGCCCUCGCGAAGGAAGAGGAGUCAGUGAGAGGCCUGGGUUAGGAGCCGAACCCGUUCAGAAGAAAAAGAAAGAACCCGUUGUUUGGGACAGCGGCGCCUACAAGCAGCUUUGUCGCAAGGCCAUGUACGCCCGGUUCAAAGAACUGGAGUGAACAAUGUUCAAACCUGAUUUAUGAAAUAUGAAGGACAUGGGGUCACGAGGAGUCACUGCAACCUCCCCCCCCCCCCCCCCCCCCACCC